CCCCAGUGGUCCCUGAGGGAGUCCGCCGGCCGGGGUUGUGGUCCCAGGGCUGUCACUAGCUAGUGUGACCCUUCCUCGCUGUUUUCCUUUGGGCUUCAGCGUAGUCGUUUGCAAAAGGGGGUGAAUAAUCUCUGAUCGAUUGGUUGGUUCAUUCAUUCCAGGGGCUUUGCUAGGUUCUGUUCGCUAGAGGUGUAUGGACCGACCCAGCCUGUGAGGGGUUCGCGUCUGGUGAGAGAACCCCCGCCUACAGAUCUCUAGAAGAUGACUAUCUUUACAAAACUUCGAAACCAUUGGAAGAAAACAACAGCUGGAAUCUGCCUGCUGUCAUGGGGAUGCCAUUGGCUGUAUGAAAAACACUGUGAUAACCUGCUAAGGAGAGCAGCCUGUCAAGAAGCUCAGGUGUUUGGCAAUCAGCUCAUUCCUCCCAAUGCACACGUGAAGAAGGCAACCGUCUUUCUCAACCCUGCAGCCUGCAAGGGCAAAGCAAGGACUCUGUUUGAAAAAAAUGCUGCCCCAAUUUUGCACUUAUCUGGCAUGGAUGUGACUGUCGUUAAGACAGAUUAUGAGGGCCAAGCCAAGAAACUGCUGGAAAUGAUGGAAAACACAGACGUGAUCAUUGUUGCCGGAGGAGAUGGGACAUUGCAGGAGGUUGUUACUGGAGUUCUUCGAAGAGCAGAUGAGGCUGCCUUCAGCAGGAUUCCCAUCGGAUUUAUCCCACUGGGGCAGACCAGCAGUUUGAGUCAGACCCUUUUUGCCGAAAGUGGAAACAAAGUCCAACAUAUUACUGAUGCUACACUUGCCAUUGUAAAAGGAGAGACAGUCCCACUUGAUGUCUUGCAGAUCAAGGGUGAAAAGGAACAGCCCGUGUUUGCAAUGACUGGCCUUCGGUGGGGAUCCUUCAGAGAUGCUGGCGUCAAAGUUAGCAAGUACUGGUAUCUUGGGCCCCUAAAAACCAAAGCAGCGCAUUUUUUCAGCACUCUUCAGGAGUGGCCUCAGACUCAUCAAGCCUCUAUCUCGUACAUGGGACCUAAAGAGAGACCUCCCAGUGGAGCAGAAGAGACCCCUCCACGGCCCUCUCUGUACCGGAGAAUAUUGCGAAGACUUGCAUCAUACUGGGCACAACCGCAGGACGGCCUUUCCAAGGAGGUGAGCCCUGAGGUCUGGAGAGAUGUGCAGCUGUCCACCAUUGAACUGUCCAUCACGACACGGAACAGCCAGCUUGACCUAACGAGCACAGAAGAUUUUAUGAACAUCUGCAUUGAACCCGACAGUGUCAGCAAAGGAGACUUCAUCACUAUAGGAAGUAAAAAGGUACAAGACCCCAAGCUGCGUCCUGAGGGCACCGAGUGUCUCCAAGCCAGCCAGUGCACCCUGGUCCUGCCCGAGGGUACAGGGGGCUCCUUUAGCAUCGACAGUGAGGAGUACGAGGCGAUGCCUGUGGAGGUGAAGCUGCUGCCCCGGAAACUGCAGUUCUUCUGUGACCCGAGGAAGCGAGAGCAACUGCUGUCGAGCUCAGCCCCGUGAGCAGCCAGGAGACGGGCCACCAGUGGGACCAAAAGGGAACAGAUGCCUCAGCUGCCCCCACAGUGUUGUCAGAGGAUCCCCAGGGCAUUUCCAUGGCAAGUACCUCUGCCCUUCCCUCACAGUGCUUCCCGAAGUCUGCUCUGUCCACCUGCCUUCCAUUAGCGCAUGCUUUUGACUCUGAGACAGUCCUUCCCCCAGCUAAGUUCAAGGACACUCACACGCAGCGGCUGGAAGAGGAAUAGGCUAGACUUUGUUAUUUCCCCAAGUACAACUGCAGUGGCAAGCAGGCUCCUAGACUCCCUGCGUCUGUCUGUCCUUGGGCAACCCUAGGACUUCUGCCCCCCGAGUCCUGGCUGCAGGCCUCCCCUGGGCGCUGCUUGGUGAGCUCUGACUUGGCUUGUUUCAGGUCGAUUCUCAACCCUAAACUGUAGGUGAGGUGUUUCCCUCUUCAGCCUGGGCUGAAAUACUGUAAAAUACUUUUUGUUUAAGUAGUGUUUAUUAAAUGUUUUCAAUGUUAGUUUGCAUGACAAACCAGCUGGGGUGCAUGUUGAAAAUUGACUUACUUGGGGUCCAACCCAAACUUACAUAACUCAAUCUGGAUGGAGCCCAGGAACCUGCAUUUUCCUGACAAGCAGCCUCCCUCCCUCCCCAGGUGAUUGUAUUCCAGGCCGUCCCCCAGCCUCACCUGGACAGUGUUGUAAAGUUGUGUACUUCCUAGAAGUUUUGCCAAAACCAGGUGUCCCGUCCCACUUGAAGUUGACAUCUAAAAUUUUUCAUGGGAAGUUGCCAAAGCAUGUACUUUCUGCUGUCCUGUAAAUAUUGAUAUUUUGAAAUAAAAUCCGUUACUUCACUCUUUUAAACAUA